AUGUCAAGUGCCAUUCGACAAUCCCAACGACUUGGGUUCGUAUCUGCUGGUAAGAAAUUCGAACCAAUAAUGAAGACUGUUUACCCGGGUUGGGGUACCCGCAAGCUUAUCAACAACCCUAACAUCGAAACCGACGAAACCGACAAUGCCGACAUCAGCGAAGCGAAUGAUACCGACAUUCCCAUCAGCGCAAACGAUGAAUCGGACGAUUACAGCAACUACGAAGAGCUUGAUGAUCAGAAGUCACUUCGUGAAACUACUCGAAAGAGAGCCAAGGUCGCGACUAAAAAGGAAUCACCAGAAGCCCACAAGAAACGUCUAGCAUAUCACAAGAACUACCAUCGAAAGAGGAUGAACUCGAUGACACCAGAACAAAAAGAAAGAUACAAUAGUCACUCCAAGACGUGA